AUGAUACUAAGUUUAAUUUUUUUUAAAGAAAAUGGAACUCCAGUUUGUGUGGUAUCCGGAGGACAAUUUCUGGGCCGAAACGGGUGGUUAAAUUUACGAAACAAUACCAACACUGAACCACCUUUUAGAUUAUUUAGAGACGAAGGCCGAACAUAUUUACAGUGGUUUGGCGAAACCUCGAUGAGGAUGGCUAUGGAAGGUAAAAUAAUUUUAGUACAUUUAAUGUGCAAAGAUGCUAGCAUCGCAGAAGAGCCAAAAAUAUUUACACCCUGUGUAGCAUUUCGUGUUGCAGGCAAUCCAAAUGCAAGAGAAGUAAUGUUUUCACCAGAUGUUCGUUCGGAAUCAAACGGUGGCGGUUUAAGUGUGAGAGAAUACGUAGCCAUCGGACUCUGUUCAUUAUUUUUAGCAAUAGUUUAUGUUGCCUCUAUUAUUUUUUACAUGCAUAGACGUGCAAAAAAAGAAAAGAAAACAAAUUUGAGAAAAAGAGGAGAUGCUCACAUAACAUUGGGAGAAGAAGGAAUCAUAAAAAGUAAUCCACUUCUUCAGGCAAGUAGACACUUGGGAGUUUGCGCCGAAGAUAACGUAGGAUAUAUAACAGAUUCGAAUAGCUGUAGUUCAGAUCCAGACCAAGUAUCUGAUCUUUUAUGCUUAGAUGAAGAUUUGACGUCACAUCAAAAUGUUCAAACUUCUGCAAUAAUUCAUCCUUGCAACUUGGACUAUGGAGAGACGUUAUUAAAUCAAGAUCCAAACAGUAUAGAAAGACUUCCUGAAGAAAACGUAUCGAUAAUAGAAACAUUAGAAGCGAAAGAAGCACAUUCUGAAACGAUGAAAGCUAUUGCAUCGAGUAAUGGGAGAAGAAAACUUUAUUUUAAUCCCUCAUAUUUUGAACCUGAACUUUUAAAAGCACCACCUCCAGCAGCAUUAGAAUUUUUAGACAAAAUUCGUGAAGUUAUCGCCAUUGCCAAACACAAAAUGUCAAUAAAAAAGUUUUCUCCGAGUCUUUUAGGAAUUCCAGAGGAAGAUGUAAGUUUGAAAACAGAAACCAACAACAACAAUUUCCAUCGUUCAAUGUCGAGUUUUAAUGAAAAUAUUAUAAAUUCCGAGUUUCAAAAACCUUACAAGGAAACGGAAAGUGUAGAUUUGAUAAAUCGUAAUUUUAAUUCAUCGAGAGACAAUUCUUGCUCGUCAGAUUCAAAACAAAAAAUUAUUCAAAAAUGGUUGGAAGACGUACCGGUAAUGGUAGUCAAAAGGGAUGAGAAAAAUAAAAAUUCGACAACACAAAGCACAGGAAAAACUAUUGAAAAUAGUAAAAAUUUAAAGAAACCAAAUUACUGUUUCGGUGACGAUGCUUUAAAUAAUCAAACGUCAAAGGAAACGCAAACAAUAAAACAAAAUAAAAAACGACCGUCGACGAAAAAUAGGCCUCCUCCUCUUCCACCUCAGAUUUCAAAAACUUCUUUGAAUAAAACGAAUAUUAGUUCAAACGUAGAAAAAGGUAAAUGUCAGAAAAAUGAAAAUGAAAAUGCGAUACAAAAUAUUAACGGAGCGAAAGAUCGAGAGAUAGGUUCCAUGCCAUCAACUGAACAUCCUCCUUGUCCGCCACCUUUGCCAUUAUUAAAGAUAAAACAAAACGAAAAUGUUAAUUUUAAAAAUAAUAAUAUUGCUCAAUCGAACGCUCCGAAAAAUUUAAUGGAUGCCGUUAUUCAAGAAUUAACGACAUACAAGAAAAAUGAUAAAAAUUCAAAGCUUGUACAAACUCAAACGACAAAUCAAUUACACGCUCAAAUUGAUGAUGAUUGUUUAAAAAAGAAUUUUGAAAAAACAGAAAUCGAUUUGGACAAUGAUACGGUAAAUAAUAAAAAUUUAAUUCAAAUACCUGAAACAAGACAAGACAACUCAAGCGAUGGAGUUCAAGAUGAUCACGAAUAUGAAAUAAUUUUGCUGAAUCCGGAUUCGAAAUCGGAAAAUGAAAAAAAUCCAGAAAAACCCAAAACUUUUCCCCAGGAAAUUUUAAUGAAAAACGAAAAAAAUGAAGGUUACAGUUUCGUUAGUGAAGUUUACGUAAAUGAUGAUUUUGGAUUUUGCAGUGGUGAAUUUUCUAGAAAUAGUUCCUCUCCUCUGAGCAAUAAAAGUGAAAAAAUUAAAUAUGAAGUUGUCAACGAAAAACAAGGUCGUUUAACAAUACAAGUAAAAGAUUCAUCGAACCUAUAUGGGGAAUUUAUAAGCGAAUCAGAUAAUUUUGAACCUGACACGUUAGAACGAAAACAAAGGAAAUCUAAAUUAGUGCAAAAAAUCGAUGGUAAUGAAGAUGAAAAAGAAAUAUACGCCAAUCGAAAAUUUCACAACAUUGAAUUAAAUUCAAAGUCUGAAACUUCGAAUAACGAUGAAAAUUUUACCGAUUCAUUGGAAAGACCGACUAUUAUGUUGAAAACGAAUGGGAGUUUUGAAAGAAACACUUUGGAAAAAGAUGUUAAUGAACUUUUUAGAAGUUUAAAUAGGGCGAGAAUGGAAAAUUUUGGAUCGCUGAGGGAAAUUUAUGAGGCUAAAAGCAGAAAUCACAAAAGAAGAACGGAAACUACGAGCUUGAUUGAUUCGGUGAAUAGUGACCCUGAUUGUUUUUCAACUUUGUCAUGGGGAGAAGAAAGAAGAAAUAAAUUAUUGCACAGAGGAAUUAUUUUGCACAUUGAUGAUGAUUUUUGUGCGAGGCGUAAGGAUAGAUUCUUUAAGAAAAAAUCCAUCAGCACGAAAAGUUUACUUUCAGAUAAAGUCCCUUCGAGACCUCCCAAACCAAUGCCGAUUCCAAGAUCCAGAUCAGUUUCUCCUUCUUCAAGAUCUCAAACAAUAUCACCGAAACCAUUAAAUUUUUUUUCUCUUACGCAAACUACGAACGAACAAAAUGAAGAAUUAGAUAUGCCACCAAUACCGCCUCCAAGAUCGCUUCCGGUAUCUCCGGAAUUAACACAAUAUCACGAUAGAUCAGAAACGUCUUCCAUAUCUAAUUUUUUCAACACUACUCAUAAUACCAUAUGUAGAAUUCAUUGCAAAGAAAAUUGCGGAAGUAGAUGCCAUAUAACUGGUUCCUUUGUAACCUCUGAUUCCCGUCCUCUUCUGUCACUUUCUCCCGUACCUCCAAGACCGCCCAAACUAUUAAUUUGUAAUAGUCCACCACUUCCACCGAGAAAUUCAAAACCACCUCUUCCGCCCAAAAAUUCAAAAAACAAUAAAAACAAAUCAAAUUUAAGUAAACUAGCAACGAGACCUCUUCCACCUCUUCCAGUGACCGAACAGUCACAUCAAAAUUCAUCACCUUCUUGUAAAGAAAUAGACAAUUUAUCAACUGCAUCAGGUGCAUCGACGGAUAGCCUGAAUUCUUCAGAAUACGAAUCGUUUUACACUAUGCCGUACGAAGAAAAUAAUAAUAAUAACAACGAAAGCAGUCUUCGGGUAAAAAAUUUAAACGAUUCUGCUCAGUCUCCGGAUAUUUUAAUGAACGACGACAUUUCUAAAGAGUCUUCAUUUAAAAAUUGUAGUAAAAUAGAUGCACAAAAAACUGCUGCGUCUCAUCAGCAAAGCCAAAGAAUACUUGAUAGUGACAAAAAAUUAGAAAAAAACAGAGCAUUAAAUAGAUUGGACGAUUCCGGUUACUUAAGCACGGAUUCCAGUGAAUCGUAUUGUCCACAAGGUGUUUUAGCAUCUUGCGAUUCGAAAACGGUUGAAAAAACCGAAAUUUACGGAGGGCAAAACAGUGAAACGGAAGAUUCUUUAUGCGAUGGAGCAAGCGAAUCUGGAGCAGAAAGCACAGCUACUGACUCAUUUUUUUAUGGAAAUUUUAAAAAAAUGAAUGAUACAAGUCUUAAUGACGAACAAAAUUCUCAAAAUUAUAUGUAUUCUCUAAAGUUAUCUGAUGUGGAAGUGAAUUCUGAUACCGAAAAGCAUUGCAUACCGAUAAUGACGUACUUAAUAGAGCUUUGUCUUAUUUAA